GAUCAGGGAUAAGACCCGCUCCAAUCCUCUGCUUAGGCAGACCGAUACCUAUGGGGUCCCUUCGAUCUGUCCUUUAGAAGGCCUUUUCUGUUCCAUACCUUCCUGGCACUUUCAUCCAGUGAAAGAAAGACGUAUUCUUUCUUUCCUGGUAGGGGACUGCAGAAGCUUUGGCAGUUUACCAUGGCUUGAUGUUCUAGUUGUCAUGCUAAAGCCGUUGAUAGCUACUUCGCUUGACGAGCUAAGUAGAAAGACGGAGAUGAAGGCGUCAUUUGCUGUUAAGGGAGGAAAACAGUCCAAGAACGGCUGGUUUCUUGGCAGCCACCACCAUCAAAUGUGGUGA